AAUAUCCACCGAAAUAAUUAUUGAUCUGACUUUGAUUAUCUCCUAAUCUCUAAUACACCGAUAAACCAAAUGGUUUAGAAAGAAAAAGAUGUAUAAGAAAAUCGGGGUUGUUUCGGACAUCCAUUUUAGCCAAGUUGGUGAUAGUUGACAUUUUAGCUUCACUGACAUAAAAUCUAAGCGAGUCCACGCUUUGCAUCCUCAAAUGGCGCUCUCUGCAACAUUUAUCAUUCCUUCACCUUCAAGCUCCAACCUUUACGCCAAAAUUCGCAAACCCUUUCUCUCUCACUCCGUCUAUCUUCUUAAACCCUUAAAGAUCCGAGCUUCAACUACCCUAGACUAUUCCAACGUCUCUGCCAGCGAUAAAUCAUCCCCGUUUAAGACUAGCAACUGGCAGUGGAAAUUCAAGGACAAUUUAGUAAAUAUUUAUUAUGAGGAACAUGUGAAAGAGAGUUCGGGGCCUUCCCAAAAUAUCUUGAUGAUGCCAACCAUUUCUGAUGUUAGCACUGUUGAGGAGUGGAGAUUAGUUGCUGAAGACAUUGCUCAACGUAAUGGCAGUGUCAAUUGGCGGGCGACUAUUGUCGAUUGGCCUGGUCUAGGUUAUUCUGAUCGACCAAAGAUUGAUUACAAUGCUGAUGUCUUGGAAAAAUUUCUGGUUGAUUUCAUCAAUUCACCCAAUGGUCCAGUUAAACAAUCAGACAAAGAUUUGGUGAUUUUUGGAGGAGGGCAUGCUGCUUCAGUAGUAAUUCGUGCUGCAAAAAAGGGUCUGGUGAAACCUAAAGCUAUAGCUGCUGUGGCACCAACUUGGUCUGGUCCCCUUCCCAUCGUAUUUGGUCGAGAUUCCAGCAUGGAAACAAGGUAUGGUCUUCUAAGAGGCACCUUAAAGGCCCCUGCAGUUGGGUGGAUGAUGUAUAACAUGCUAGUGAGCAAUGAGAACGCAAUCCAAUCGCAGUACAAAUCCCAUGUAUACGCCAACCCUGAUAACGUGACACCAGCAAUUGUGGAAAGCAGAUACGCAUUGACAAAACGAAAAGGAGCGCGUUACUUACCCGCAGCUUUCUUGACCGGGCUAUUAGACCCUGUAACAUCUCGCGAGGAGUUCCUUCAACUCUUUGCUGAUUUGGAGGGAAAGAUACCAAUACUUGUUGUAUCUACAAAAGGGUCUCCUAAAAGGUCUAAAGCUGAGAUGGAAGCUCUUAAAGAAGCUAAAGGGGUGAGUAAGUUUGUGGAAGUUCCCGGUGCUCUUCUUCCACAAGAGGAGUAUCCUGCUUUAGUGGCGGAAGAGCUUUAUCAAUUCUUGCAACAGUAUUUAGGCUCUGUUGCUUAAAGUUAGCGCGUGCCGCUUCUGUAUGUUAGUGAAGCUUUCACAGUCACAGGCAUAAGUAUUAAUGGAUGGAGAAAAGAAAUGUGUCCAAGGGUAUACAUAUUUAUGUAAUGUGGUUUAUUUGAUUAGUAUAGAAAUCUUGGGGCUGUUAUGAGUUUCAUACACAUACCAAAGUUAUUUUCGACUGGACUUAUGACUUGAACAUAACUUUACACCGAAAGAAAAAUGUUACCACAAAAUAGAUGGGACAUGUGUCAUUUGAGAAAAUAUGUUUUUUUAUUAAUGAUUCUACAAUGUAAUAAUAUUUUAAUUUUGUUGUAUUUAUA